CCUUCCUUCGAGCUCCAGCUGAGGAGUCUGCAGCCCCGCGUCCCAAGCACCCUAUUAUGGACUUCCUGGAGGCAGAGGGAGGCUGGAGCCUGUCCUUCUCAGGCUCUGGCUACAUGGGCCUCUACCAUGUGGGUGUCACCCAGUGUCUGCGACAGCGAGCGCCGCGACUCAUCCAGGGUGCCCGCCGCAUCUAUGGCUCCUCCUCAGGGGCACUCAAUGCCAUGACCGUUGUCUUUGGCAAGUCCGCAGACUUUGCCUGCUCCAAUCUCCUGGACAUGGUGAAACUUGUGGAGCGACUGAGCCUGGGCAUCUUCCAUCCGGCCUAUGGACCCAUUGAACACAUCAGGAAAACGCUGUAUGAAAAUCUUCCUGACAACUGCCAUAUUCUAGCCUCCCAGAGGCUGGGCAUCUCCAUGACCCGAUGGCCUGAUGGCAAGAAUUUCAUAGUCACCGAUUUUGCCACUCGGGAUGAACUCAUCCAGGCUCUAAUCUGCACCUUGUAUUUACCCUUAUACUGUGGGGUGAUCCCCCCGGCAUUCAGAGGCCAGCGCUUCAUUGAUGGGGCUCUGAGCAACAACCUGCCCUUCUCCGAUUGCCCUACCACCAUCACCGUCUCUCCUUUCAACGGGACAGUGGACAUCUGUCCCCAGAACAUAUCACAUAGUCUUUUUGAGCUAACUGCCUUUAAUGCCAGUUUCCAGAUCUCUACCAGGAACUUCUUUAGGGGGAUCAAAUCUGUGUUCCCCCCCAAGCCUGAGGUGGUAGCUGACCAUUGCCGACAAGGUUACCUGGAUGCCCUGAGGUUCCUGGAGAGACGGGGACUUACCAAGGAGCCAGUGCUGUGGUCGCUGGUAUCUAAGGAGCCUCCAGCCCUCGUGGAAGGGCCCAGGGGCACUGACCAUGACCAGGGCCAGAAGACUGGCCCAACUUUCAGGUGGGACAUUCCCAAUGUGCUAGUCAAGGACGUGCCCAACUUCGAGCUGCUGUCACCGGAGCUGGAGACUGCACUGAGAAAGGCAUGCAAGAGAGACUUCUGGGCCCGUGUCCAGUGUUCAGUGCCAGGGAAGGUGCUGACCUACCUGCUACUGCCCUGUUCUCUGCCCUUCGAAUAUGCCUACUUCCGGAGCAGGAGGCUGAUGGAGUGGCUACCUGAGGCUCCAGAUGACUUGGAUUGGAUGAGGAGCAUCCUGAAGAGUACCACCCUCGAGGUCUACUCCAUGGCCAAGUCAUGGCUUCCCAGGUUGGGCAGCCCACCUGCCACCCGAGCAGACUCUGGUCUCCUCCGGCAGCGGCGGGGGACAGCUCCUUCUGGGAACAGGCCCUUGAACCACAGGUUCGCUGAUUGUGCACUGGGCUAGGGCAACCUCAUAUGUGACCCUCUGAACUCUGUCCUUGCCCUCUGGCUGUAGGGACUCUGGCAGGUGGCCUCUGGCAGGUUCAGCCCCCAGGAUCUCUGAGCUCAACUCCUCGCUCAGGAAGCUUGCUGAAUUACUGGCAAAAAGACCUCUUCCUGUCCUUGCUAGGCCAUGUGCUUCUUGUGUGGGCAGGUGGUUUCCUGGCAUGGACUGAGAGCCCACCCUCUGCAGCUGUUCCUGGGACCUUGAUCUCCAAGGCCUCUCUGGAUGCUUCCAGCCUACUGCGUGCUCAGACCACUGUUCUCUUCUUGUCAGUUUUGUCAGAGAAGAAAAGACAACAAGCUAAGACACACCUCAGUUCUGGAUCUUCAUGUGAGAGACACAGACAGGUGUCUAGCAGAGGUGUGUUCUGCACUAGGCUGGAACUGGAGAUGGUGCCCCAGGGCUCUGACCAUGGUAUUGACUGCUCUGACUGGGCUCCUUUCUCUGACCCACACUUAUCUAAGGGAUUGAUCCCUGUUAUAGUGAGGAUGGAAGGUGGCUGGCUGGGGAAUCCAUUGGGGGCGGGGAUCCUGAUUAUAGAUACUUAUGUUAGGGAUAAAGCCCACUGCCACUGCAGGCUAGGGAAGAUUUCUGGGUGGCAUACAUACCAAAGCGCCUCUGGCCUCUUCAGGGGUCUCUGUUCUUCCUAGCCCUGAAGAACCAACAGUGCACCUAGCCAGACUGUAGGGGACACUCAGAUCAAGUGGAGAUGGGACUGUAGAGAAAUGGAGGUGUCAGUGAGAGAAGAGAUUAUGUAAUAAAUGCUGGGC